AUGUGUGCAAGAGGUGCUGCAAGCAAGGGUCGGAGCAUGAUCGCGAGCUGGCUGUCACCCUCGGAGAUCGAGGAGCACCUGAGGCUCGAACGCGAGCAGUGGGGCAUCUCUGUCGCGCACCUGCUCUCGGAGGAGGUCACCGACCCGGCCCGCCAGCGCAGCGGCGAGGACGACCCGGCGUUCUACCAGCUGCGGGACGUGUUCUCCCCGGGCGCGGACCCGAUCGGGGGGGCGGGAGCGGUGCCCGCGGGGCGGCUACGACGGCUGCGCAUUCGUGGACUCCCCGGUCUUGCCCGCGAGGUACUGGGGCAAGCGCACGCAUUUCUUGUCUCGGACGUGGGCCUACCGCCUGAGCGUGGUCCAGGACGCGCUGCGGAGUUAGAGCGCGACAGCCUCGCGGAGGAGGAGAGCGCGGAGACCGUGUACCUGUGCGCGCGCUUCUUCGUGAACAACCAGCAUCGGAUCCUGGACCAGAGCAAGAAGAGGGAUAAGGCGAAGACCGACAGCGACAACCUGGCGAGCGUCUUCAAGGACAACUCGAGGAGCAUCGGCCGCGUCUUGGCGCUCUUCGACGUCUGGAACGGGCCCACGCACCUUACUCGCAUCUGGGCGAUCUUCGAGCAGGCUAUGGCCAUCAAGCUGUCGAUCGAGCCGAAGAUCAUCAUGCCCAAGGCGGAGGUCCAGACCUUCAUGGGGCAGCUCGCGCACGGCAAUGAGGGGAUCAGCCGCGUCAAGGCCGCGUUCUUCAAGGUGAACACGGAGAGGGCCGAGGCAUCGGUCCGGAAGGACAAGGAGAACGUGCAGCGCAUGAUAUUAGAUACCUUCGGCAGCUUCACCUGCGUGGACUCGCAGCUCAAGAGGCCCAUGGUCCGCUGGCUGGGAGACGCGACGGAAUCCAUUUUCAACGACUUGAUGAGGCAGGGCAGCAAGCGCUCCCUCCCCGUGGACCCAGACGGGCCUUCGGAAGGGCCGCGGCCUUGGAAUUUCCAUCCCGAGGGCGCGCCCUCGGGCGCUCUUCAAGUCCCUGUCCACUCGCUCCAUGCGCUACUGAGGUAA